ACAAUGUCUAACAGUACCUCCAUCAUCCAAUUCCUGCUCCUGGCAUUUGCAGACAGGCAGGAGCUGCAGCUCUUGCACUUCUGGCUCUUCCUGGGCAUCUACCUGGCUGCCUUCCUGGGCAACGGCCUCAUCAUCACCACCAUCACCUGUGACCACCACCUCCACACCCCCAUGUACUUCUUCCUCCUCAACCUCUCCCUCCUCGACCUGGGAUCCAUCUCCACCACUCUGCCCAAAGCCAUGGCCAAUUCCCUCUGGGACAACACCAACAUCUCCUACAAGGGAUGUGUUGCACAGGUCUUCUUCUUUGCUUUCUUCAUCUCAGCAGAGUUUUCUCUCCUGACCAUCAUGUCCUAUGACCGGUACGUGGCCAUCUGCAAACCCCUGCACUAUGGGACCCUCCUGGGCAGCAGAGCUUGUGUCCACAUGGCAGCAGCUGCCUGGGGCACUGGGUUUCUCUAUUCUCUGCUGCACACAGCCAAUACAUUUUCCCUGCCCCUCUGCCAGGGCAAUGCCCUGGACCAGUUCUUCUGUGAAAUCCCCCAGAUCCUCAAGCUCUCCUGCUCACACUCCUACCUCAGGGAACUUGGGCUUAUUGUAGUCAGUAUCUGUUUAGCUUUUGGUUGUUUUGUUUUCAUAUUGAUGUCGUAUGUGGAGAUCUUCAGGGCUGUGCUGAGGAUCCCCUCUGAGCAGGGAAGGCACAAAGCCUUUUCCACAUGCCUCCCUCACCUGGCCGUGGUCUCCCUCUUCGUCAGCACUGGAACCUUUGCCUACCUGAAGCCCCCCUCCAUCUCUUCCUCAUCCCUGGACCUUGCAGUGACAGUUCUAUAUUCAGUGGUUCCUCCAGCAGUGAACCCCCUCAUCUACAGCAUGAGGAACCAAGAGCUCAAGGGUUCUCUGAGAAAACAGCUAAUGGGAUUUUCAGCAGCCAUAAGCUGCCUCCUGUCUUCUGCAAAUGACUCACAAUGCAUGAUAUUCCUAGUCUCCUAUGAGGCUCCUCAUUCAUUUCUACAAAGGUGGUAUGGCCAGUCCUUUUGGAGUGACCAUGAGAAAUACAUGGUCAUGAAUUUCAUGAUGGAGAGGAUGCUCCAUGAGAAGUGA